AACUGUAAACGCUAUGCUGGGGACGCGGCGCGGAGCUUGAUUCACCUUCACCUGCGCCGGGCACCAGCUGACCCCGGGCUUCCGCCCGGAGAGCAAUCAGCCAUGAACGGACGGGUGGAUUAUUUAGUCACGGAGGAAGAGAUCAACCUGACCAGAGGACCCUCGGGGCUGGGCUUCAACAUCGUCGGUGGGACAGAUCAACAGUAUGUCUCCAACGACAGUGGCAUCUACGUCAGCCGCAUCAAAGAGGAUGGGGCUGCGGCCCGGGAUGGGCGGCUCCAGGAGGGUGAUAAGAUCCUCUCGGUAAAUGGCCAAGACCUAAAGAACCUGCUACACCAGGAUGCUGUAGACCUUUUUCGUAAUGCAGGAUAUGCUGUGUCCCUGAGAGUACAGCAUAGGUUACCGGUGCAGAAUGGACCUAUAGUACAUCGAGGUGAAGGAGAACCAAGUGGUAUUCCUGUAGCUGUGGUGCUGCUACCAGUGUUUGCCCUCACCAUGGUUGCAGUUUGGGCCUUCGUGAGAUACCGAAAACAGCUUUGAAAUACUUGCUGUCUUCCAGUGUGUCCAAUGAACUAUUUCUCUUACUUGCCUUCCCUACCAUUCUCCCAUAUCCUUUCUUCUCUAGCCAACACAUGAUUUAAAGUGACUGAUUACCACCCAAAACCUUGCUGUUCAAACUUGCCAAGACUUCAAAUUCUAGUGGGAGAGAAAAGGUUUUAUUUGAAGAAAAACUGGGGGUGGGAGGGGAAAGCCUUGCUAAGAAUGAAUGAAAAGUUACAUAUUUUACUAGAACUGCCAAUAAAAAUUCAGCUAUCACCCAAAGAGGAAAAGCUCAGUCUUCCUGUUACCAUGGAUGACACCUUUUUCUUAGCUGGCAUGCUUUGAAGGUUAGCUGUGCUACAUGAAAAGAGGAGCUGAUUUUUCUUUUUUUCUUUUUCUUUUAAUGCUUUUUCUGGGAAAAUGUUUGUGAUCUUUAAUUUGUAACUCUAUACCUAGAUGCCUAUAUUGGACACAGGUGAAUGAAGUUUUUUUUUUAAAUUUUUUAACAUUCUUCCAAAAGAAAACGCAUAGAGUAAUAGACAUAUGCAUAUAUGAUAGCAUAACAUUGAUGCCUUAUGAGAGGUUAGAAAACCAUACUGGUUCCUGAGUUUCUAAUGGACAAUUUCUUGGGGACUAGAGGAUUAUCAUAUUCCUUCAUAUAUAAUCAAGACUCAUAUUGAACAAUGAGUUCUGGAUUGUAAAGAGAACUUACUUUUACACUUAUCUGUCUUUGUCUACAAAUUAAAAACAUACACAGUGCUAAGGGAUAAUUAUAACUGAAGAACUUGAACAGCUUUUUGCAGAACAUGUAUAAUGGGGAUGGGAAAAUUAUCUUUAAAAGAGAAUAUUCAAUCAGUGGCAUUAGGAAAAUAAUAACUGAAGCAGUUAAUUGAAAACUGUAGAAGAACAAGUGUUACACCGUAGGUAUGGUGAUGUAAAUUGUAAUAAAACAGCUCUGCUCAAGUCAAUCUGUUCAAGAGACUUUGAGGUAUAAAGAUAAGUCCCAAGCAAUCUCUAGUUGGUGUUCUACAGUGCUGUUGAAGGAUCAGCUGGAAUAGAUAUGGGCAGCAGUAGGGCCAAAUGAACCAGAAGAGCCCAAAGUUGUCUUGAUAUAUAACUGAAAAAAAGAUAAUGCCUCAAGAUAGCAAUUGAACCCUCAAGGGUUACUUAACAGUUUUCAGUUUCUAGUAUCAGGCAAAACCUUAGGGAAGAACUGCCUUCCCCAUAGGAUAGACCUGAAAUCUUGCUUCUGAUUGAGUUAAGAAAAGAAGGCUCGAAUUGUUUUUAUUUAUUGUUCCCCCCAAAGCCCUAAAACACUAGUUUUGAUUUUAAUAAGUUAAUGGACCAUUUUUCAGAGAAGUGGAAGGAAUAAGUUUUGUUUGUUUGGUAGAGGGGGCAAGGAUAUUUGGUGAGUGUUCCUGAGGAGAGUCUGAGAAUGGAAUAGGAAUGAAUGGUGCCAGAGAAUAGCAGGGGUAUUGGUUAGGAGGAACCAUCCUGUUCAUGGGGUAUCUAAAUUGGUUUUAGAGUGCCAAGAAUAGUUGAACCAUGCCUAAUUUAUAAUGAAAUAAUUUCCAUUUUCUAAAUAUAUUGGUCAGACGGUUGUUUUGGCGCAGAAUAUGAGUUUUUCUGGCAAUCUAGCAACUACUUAACAAGUAUAGGUUGUGCAUUAGCUUUGUCAAGACACCUGUACAAAAAAGGGAAAUGAACUUUCUUUUCACUGCAUCUGAAGGCAUUGUGGUUACAGCUAGGAAGAGAACAGUGUAAGUUGUUUAUAUUGUAGACAGCAGAAGAGAAUAGCUCCUGAGAAUUGGAGCGUUCCAUGGAGGAAGGGAGAGGUUAAGGAUCUUUAGAUGCUAACCAUGUAGUAAGAGCAUUCAUAAAUAGUUGAAAAGAGUCUAUCAGUUUGAAUAUUAAAUGAAACCAGUAUGAAAAGAAAUGUUAUGGAAACUGUGACAACAAAGAUGGUCAACAGGUGUUUUAAGGAAUUCAGAAAAGGAAAGUUGUGGUACAGUGGUGUCAGAGGAGAAUGGAAAGGAAAGUCUUCAAAGUCUGAUGAGACUUUGCCUCUGGGAUACAGGGAGUUGAUACAGGGAGAGAUUGGCUUUAAACAGUCUUCACAGAGCUAAGCCAUUCAGGACUUUUGAAAUUGAUUUAGUAGCAGGAGUUACUGGAAGUCCCACUGAAGACGCAAAACCAUGCUGUAGUUCUUGUCACAACCAGCACCACUGUGGAGGACCAAUGUCUGGUGUCCUCAUAUUUGGUGGCAUGUGUAACAGCUCUUACAUGGGCUUACUUACCUCUAGUGUUCACCUCAGGGUUUUAAAUUGAUUAUUGAAAGACUCACACAUACAAAGUGAAACAGAUGGCAAGGAAGAUAGAAAACUGUUGUGUGUUGUUAACAUGUAAAUAAAACCAUCAUUUGUAGGAGUGUUACUGUGGUUAUAGGGAUUCUGAUACACUUGCGUCUCAUUGGGAAAUAAACAGCACUUGACCAAAAAAAAACAUUUAAGAUUUAGGCAAAUAUUUUAGUAUUUCACUUUUUGUUGUAUGAAAACUAAAGUUAGCAUAGAUGGGAUGUAAAUCCAUUAUAGAGUAUAAACAAUUUAUGUUCCUCUAGACUGACUCUUAGUAUUCCUACCACCUCAUAGACUAUAUUUGAUGCUCCUGCCACAUAAAUUAUAAUGUUUAAAGUUUUGAAAACUGAUUAUAGGUAUACUUAAAGUAUUUCUUGUAUUUAUCAUUAUGUUUUAUUUGUAAUUCUAAUAGAUAUUGUUUGCUUCAGUUGUUCCUGUUUCCUUUUCCUGCAGUUUACUUGUGAGUAGAUUCAUGUAAUUAAUUGUACUUUCUAGCCACAGGCAACAGAUAAAAAUAGUAUUUGUAAUUACAGUCUAUGCCAGGAACUACACUAAGUUGAAUGGUGACACUAUGUAUUAACUUGAGAUGCACAUCUUGCUAUGAAGAGACUAAGAAUGAGAGAAUAAAUUAUUUUCCUAAGAUCAUACAGGUGGUUAUAGAAUUACAAUUUAAACUCGGGACUUUGGAUGACAAUAUUAGUAAAUAUUUCUUUGCUAACAGUUCUCAAAGCAAGGUCUCUGGACAAAAGCAUCAGUAUUCCCUGCAGAUUCUUGGGCAUCAUCCCAUACUUAUGGCUUGAGAUGAGCAUGGCAACCAGAACUCUGUCCUUCUGAAACUUGAGAGUCGCCACUCUCAGGAGCUGUUCUCUGGAUAGAAUCACUUGGACAGCUGGCCAGCCCACAUUAAAUAAGGACCUCUGGGACUAGGACUUGUAUAACAACAAAAUGUUUCAUCAGGUGGCUAAAAUGUGCAGCCUCUAUUGGAAAUGUUCCAUGGUAUUUAAAUUAUCAGAUCACGUGCCGACGAGGCUCUAGCCAGAAUCAACAACUUGCCUAAGUUCAGAGCCCAACUCUCUGAGCAGUGGAGUAAGAAGUGUACACUGUUUACUCCUGUGUGCUCAGACAGACCUAUCAACCUCUCGUACAUUUGUGCAACCAAUAAGAACCAAAUCAUAGGAGAGUCAAUCUAAAAGACUCUUGAAUAAAAUUUGUAUUGGAAGUGAGAAAAGUUGAUUUUUGGUCUCCACUACAAGGAUACAUAAAAGACUUUAUUUUAAAAACUCAUUUUGCUUCUGACUUUUCUCAUUGAACUUUCAAUAAAGACCAGAAGAAUUAAUAGACAGCUAAAGAGAAUUGAAGACAUCAAAAUUGGAAUGGGAGAAAACCAAUCACGUGUUGUCUUAAUUUCAGUAGUUUAAAAUCAGAUAUAGGCUGUUGGUGGUACUUUUGUUUUUAUUGUGCAACUAAACAAUUAAAAUAUAUUUAGAGGCCAAGCAUGAUGGUCCUUGUUUUUAAUCCCAUCAUUUUAGGAGGCAGAAGCUGGCAGAUUUCUGUGAACUGGAGGUCAGCUGUGUGUGUGUGUGUGUGUGUGUGUGUGUGUGUGAGAGAGAGAGAGAGAGAGAGAGAGAGAGAGAGAGAGAGAGAGAGGUCAAUAAAUAUUUUAUUCUACUCACUUUUAGUAGAAAACAUCUUUGAUAAAGAUUUUUUUCUUCAUUCAGCGAUAACUAUCAACCCCAGUGCAGAAGUACAUAGAAUUCAGUCACUAAAGUGAAAUAGCCCCGCAUCUGUGAGCGGGUGGUCUUAGUGUUAAAUCUAAUGUCACUGAGAAGUACACACUUUGAUUUCUUAAGCUCUACCUUUCCCAGUAGUUUAAGGGUUGGCUGUUAACCCAGGCUAAGCCUUUUUUUGUGUUUCUUUUAACUGCAAAUCUUUUUGUGAGAAUAGCUCUCACAGCCUACAGUGAAGUUAUGAUUAAGGGAUGUCAUGGGGGGCAGGGAGACAACAGUAUUUUAAAGAAUUCUGCCCACUGGGAACCAGAUUGUAAACUGCCAUUGACUCUUGCAUUGAUAUCUAUAUAUGGAAUACAAAGCACGUGACUGUUUACCUGAUGCACUUGAUACUAUAAAAAUUGGUAGCAGAAAACACUAUUGGUAUAAGGAAUCUAGCUUCAAUAAACACUAAUACCUGUGACUGUAUAUUCCCUCAUUGUUAUGUUCCAUUUUAACAGAGGAGAAAGGAAGAGAAGAAGACCAAUGUAGGUUUUCAAAUGCAAUUUUGUUAUUAAUCAGCGGAUUGAUAUACAAAAGAACUAUAUAAAUAUAUUGACUAGUCACAGGAAAAUGGAAUGAUCCUUUUCAUAGUUCAUAGAUUUGCAAAUGAAGACAGAUUAAAUCCUGUUUUUGUUUUACUUCUAUGUCUCCAAUGCAAACUUGAAUUAUUAUUACUGGAUACUUGUAUACCUUACAGGCUAUUCAGUUCUUGAAAAAUUAUUUUCCUGAAAUGCCUUACGUUGUUUCCUUUCUGCUCUGGUUCUUAUGUCCCCCUUGCGUCUCCAAAUGUAAACAGCAGUUGUUUCACAGGUUAGAUGCCUGAGAGCUACUUGGAAAACAAGUAGGCAUAAAAUUACAUUAACUAGGAAGAUUCACCACAGAUGUGAUGUUAUGCUGGUUUCGGCCUCACUGUUCAAUACCAGUGCAUCCAGAUUUGCCUAUUGAACUAUGACAUUCAAUAAAGACCUGUUGAACUUG